UGCUCGAAUUCUUGCAUCAAACAGGUACUAUAAAACUAAUCGAAAAACACCAAAAUGAAGACUUUCUUAUUUAUGUUUUGCGUUUUGAUGGCCAUUUACGCUUACGCACUUUCGACAAAGCGACCUACAGCAUAUUAUGACAGCGUAGAAGCCUGUUUCGAAAAUAUUACGUCAAACAAAAAUAUAAAUUCCCUAAAAAAUCUUAACAUUUCUCAACCCAUUCCGAAAAAUGAAUAUGAUGACUUGGUCAAUGCUAGCAUCUGCGCAUUUAAGAAAGAUGGUGUGAUUACUCCAGAAGGCACACUGUCUAAAAGUAGUAUAUAUCAAUAUUGCGCACAAGUUUUUUUAAAUAGUGAGAAGAUACUAAAAUGUCAAACAAUCGUCAAACAUUGCACUGAUUUAGAAUGUUCUGGUUCAGAAUGUACUCCCGAGGAGGUAAAACCAUAUAUAGAGUGUGCAAUAAACAACAAUAUAUUGUCGCUUCUCGACUUUUCAUUAUAAAUGCAGAUACAGAAUGGAGUACCUAUAUUAAAGUAAACUGUAUAAGUAGCAUUUAGUAGAAGUAUUUGGUAUUAAAAGUGCUGGGUAAUAUAGUUGAUAUUGAAAAAUGGUAUAUUAAACUUAACAACACUGUAUAAGUAGUUAAAAAAUAAAUAAAAUGAUAUCUGCACGAAUA